ACAACCUUGCAAGGUAGGCGAGAUUGAGUGAGAGCAACUGGGUCACCAGUGAGCCCCGCUAAUAAGCAGGGAUGUGGACAGGAAUCUACCUGCCCCAGUUAAUCCACUAUAGCACAUUUUACUGUCCAUUGGGAUCUGUUUUAUUAAGACUCUAGGAUGAAGGAAGCUAACAUACUCCUUGGUAACCAACCAACUAUGUCUCUUGAUCCUUCAUGGCAGGUCGAAAGACCCCUCCGUCUGGGGAGGUCCAUAUCUGGGUCAAGGACACCAAAGAUCUGCCCCAGUUACGUCCCUCCGGAGUGGACUCCUUUGUGAAAUGCUACGUUCUUCCGGACACCAGUAAAAAGAGCUACCAGAACACCCGCAUUGUCAAGCGGGACUCCAACCCGGUGUUUAACCACACCAUCGUGUACGACGGCUUUCAUCCAGAAGAUCUGAAGGAUGCCUGUGUCGAGCUGACCGUCUGGGAUCAUGAGAAACUGACCAAUCACUUUCUGGGAGGGAUCCGGCUGGGACUUGGGACAGGCUCCAGCUAUGGGAUUGCCGUUGACUGGAUGGACUCCACACAAGAGGAGGUCGCAUUUUGGCAGGAAAUGAUGACCACGGCGAAUGAAUGGAUUGAAGCGUCCCUGCCUUUGCGCUCUCUGACUGGAAAAAGGAAGCUGAAAUGAACAGCUGGCAGCAGCCCACAGAGGAACGGAGAACCGUUUACACAGAGAAGAGGGCCAAUGCAAAGCUGGCUGACCUCAGGAUUGCCUGUGCAAUGGACUUCGAAAGGACAAGGUAUUAUUACUCAUCCCAAGAGAGGACUGAGCGGAUUUUACAUCCCAGCUAGCUGAAAGACCUGCUGCUCGUCACCUCUCCAUCAUCUAGACCUUAGAUUUUAUUCGACUUUGGGUUUGUACCCAGAGAGCAGGGAAGAAAUUGUGUAAAUAUGUUUAUAGUUUAUUUUAUUACAGUGUCCAUGUUGCUGUUUCGUUUGUGCCUCCCCAUAGAGGAAGUUAUGACAAAACUUUGGCUAGUACAGCCACCAGUACACACAGUAUCACAACAAAGUUGAAGCAAACCAUGAUGCAAAUGAAACAUGAAAAAUCUGUACUAGGAUAUGCCUGGGUUACCAGCUCUCCAGGAUUGACUGAGAGUUCUCCAGCAGCUGGCAUUCAUCUCCCAUCCACAUGUUAUGUUCAACACUUGUACAGGUGCACAAUGUAUACAGGUACAGAUCUGCACACAGGUACACUCAUUCACAUGUUAUGCUGAACACAGGUACAGAAGUACCUCUCUAUACCAGGCAUUUGAAGGGCCUGUAUCCAGGUUCACUUUUGAAACGAACACAGGUACAGUACAGUCAUUCACACAAACACAUGUACAGCAUAAUGUUUGAAUCGGGCUCAGAAUGCUGAA